AUGCACAGCCUGAUGGGCGGGGGCCUGCUGUGUGCCGUGUCCGGCUUGGUCCUCCUCAUCGUUGCCACAGCCACCGACUUCUGGAUGCAGUACCGCUACUCAGGCAACCUGAGCCACCAGGGGCUGUGGCGCUACUGUGUUGGCGGAAAGUGCCAUGUGCACACCAUCACCAUUGGAGCCGCUCUCCGGGCCGUAGCAAGGAUGCCCCUCAUUCAAAAUGCAGCCACUCGCAUCCUCUCAGCCUUCUGGGAUGCCACACGGGCCUUCAUGCUGCUCUCCAUCCUCUCCUGCUUCGCAGGCAUCAUCCUGGGGCUCACCACCUUCUCCAGCAGCGCCAGGCUGACACGGACCCGCAUGGCGGGCAUCACCCUACUCAUUGCCGGGCUGCUGGCACUGCUGGGCCUGUCCAUCUACACGGGUGUGACGGUGAACGUCUUCGCUAAGCGCUACGAAGACUGGCGCUUCUCCUGGUCCUACAUCCUCGGAUGGGUUGGCGUUAUCCUCACCAUCUCAGCAGGUGUGUUCCACCUGUUCGCCUUCUCCAAGGACUCAUCCGUGGACAGCUCUGCCGUGGCCAGCAGCUGAGGAGCCCCAUGCCUGGGAGACAGUCCUGUGCACCUGCCCACCCCCACCUCCCCUUGCCCAAGCCCUCGGCAGCUCCGCCUCUGGGAUUCACCCCCAAGCCCUGCAGUGCCUGAGUGCCACUGCCAGCAGCCCCACCCCAGAAGGGCUGGGAACCCCCCAGCACUGCCCGCCUGCAGCCCCGUGUCCGGCCUGUGCCCACUCCUCCCUCCCAGGCCCCACGCUCAG